AUGUUAGAAAAAAAGUUUGCUGACAUUGACAAAAAAUUUGAGAAUGUUUUAAACAAGAACAAGAGGAAGUUAGAAAAUGCUCAGAUAAAACCCAUACAUGACAAGUUCUUAUUUGCUCAGAAUGGUAUAACAGGUCUAAUUGCACCACCUGGGUCGGGUAAGAUUUUCACUUAUCUUAAAAUGGCUGCACAACAACAAGAACUAGAUGAGAAGAACCCAUUCUAUGAGUUAGUUGUCAUUUGUAGUACUUCGGGUCAAUUUGACCAAACCGUCAAUUCGUUCAAAGAUAUUAUAA